AUGAGGAAACAAGGACAAGAUGUAAUGCAAGUUAAUUUAGCGGGGAUAAGACGGGAUAUACUAAACCUUGCUCACAAUUAUAGUCCUGCUCAGAAAUUAGUUAGAAAAGCAACAAGCAACGAUCCAUGGGGUCCUACAAGCACACUUAUGGCUGAAAUAGCCGACUUGACGUACAAUGUAGUUGCAUUUACAGAAAUAAUGCAGAUGCUGUGGAAGAGACUGAAUGACCACGGCAAAAAUUGGCGGCAUGUUUAUAAAGCCCUCAUUGUUCUGGACUAUCUGAUAAAAACCGGCUCGGAGAAGGUGGCACAGCAGUGUAAAGAAAAUAUAUUUGCUAUUCAAACGCUUAAGGAUUUCCAGUACAUGGACGGUAUUAAGGAUCAGGGUAUUAAUGUAAGAGAAAAAGCUAAGCAGUUAGUGGCCUUACUGAAAGACGAUGAACGUUUGAGAAACGAACGUGCGAGGGCUUUAAAAGCUAAAGAGAGAUUUGCUCAAUCUGCCAGUGGCUUUGGGAGUGAUGGACUGGAGGCAAUGCCAUCAUUAGGAGAUCUUUGUUCACCAGACUGGGAUCCUUACCAAGGAAAAUCCGAGUCUAAACCCGAACUAGAAGCAGCUAGACCACAGACUGUCGGUGAGGAGGAGCUGCAGUUGCAGUUGGCACUCGCUAUGUCAAGAGAGGAAGCCGAGCAAGAGGAGCAAAGAAGACGCAGUGACGACGUUAGACUACAAUUAGCUCUCAGUCAAAGUCAGCAAGACUUCAAAGCACCGCCAACUGAAAAAGCAAGCCACAUGCUCGACUUGCUUGAUGUAAAUCUCGGUGAAGCCAGUGGUGGCUCUCAACAAGUCGAUCCAUGGGGCGUUCCGAUAGUUCCACCUCCACCAAGACCUCAGGUAUCUACAGAUAUUUUUUGUUUAAUUUUAUCUAUGCAAUUUUUUAAUGCACCAGCCGCGGUGGAUCCAUGGCGGGCACCCGCACCUUCCCCGGCAACAGUAGCCUCACCAGCUCGCACUGCGACCACCGUCGAUCCCUGGUCUUUGGCGCCAACGACCACCGAAGCCUUGACAACACCGUCCACGACUUUUAAUAACUCAACAUCGCUUACACCCCCGAAUAUCGGGUUCAACGUUGCACCAUCAUCACAAAAUAUUGGAUUUAGUAAUAUUUCAUCACCAAGUGCUUCUGGAUUUAAUAAUAACAACAGCAACGGGUUCAGUAGUUCCGGUACUAGUUUUAAUAAUUUCAAUCACUCGCCGAAUCAAGGUAGCACGACGACCAGUCCCGGUGAUUUGGAUGAAUUUGAUAUUAUAAGUAAUCGUAAUAAAAUUAGAACGAGUCCGCAACUUGUCAAUAAUGGAGGUACAAUGUCACCUGAUCCUUUCAAUUUUGGUACGCUGAAUGAUAAUUUACCAGUGAGUACUGGUGCUAUCAAAAAAACCCCUCAAUCAUUUCUUGGUGAAAACUCAGCGCUUGUUAAUCUUGACAAUCUUGUGAGCACAUCAACAAUCAAAUUAUCGGCCCCAGCAUCUACUGGUAAUUUUUAA